ACUGUGAGCCGAGCCUCCUCAGAACUACUUUCUCACACGGAGGGGAUUUAAAACCACAUCACACCCCCUCCCCAAAACACCGCGAGCGUCUCCGCAGACGCUCCUGCUCUUAUUGCGCGUGCAGCUCCAUGGAAGUGGCCGGAUUCUACGACGAGGAGGGCGGCUUCCGCAGAGAACCCCCCCAGCAAACCCCACUGCACCCCGGCCCCUGGAGGCUCGGAGACCCGAUGACGGAGCUCGAGGAGCGAGAGAGAGCCAUCGACUUCAGCGCGUACCUGGAGCAGCAGAACCAGAACCAGCAGAACCAGAACCAGAACCAGCAGAACCAGAACCAGCAGGACGUGUUCUCAGACUUCCUGCUGGAGAACAAGAUCAAGAGGGGGGUGUCGGCUCUGCACAAGAACUACUCCCUGCUGAACCAGCUGGAGGACCCCCUGCGGGACCCUCAGCAUUACGCGCACAUAGGGUACGCGGAGCUGCAGGACACGCGCAUGGAUAGCGUGCUGAACCCCGCGAGCCGGUACCGAGAGGACAGCCGCGAGGACGGGAAGAUGGAAAACGGGUCUUCGGGGUUCGAUAUGCGGUCCUACAUCCACUACCAGCAGUCCGCCAGCGGCAGCAUAGGGAACCUCUCCAGCGCGUCCUCCUCCUCCUCCUCCACCUGCUCCAGCCCCACCAGAACCGCUCAGAGUUCGGCUGCAGGGGGCGGGGAGGUGUCCAGCAGCAUGAAACCCAACAAGAAGAAGCGGCUGGACAAGGACAGCGACGAGUACCGGGUCCGGAGGGAGAGGAACAACCUGGCCGUGCGGAAGAGCAGAGACAAAGCCAAGAUCCGUAAUCUGGAGACGCAGCACAAAGUCCUGGAGCUCGCGGCGGAGAACGACCGGCUUCAGAAGCGCGUGGAGCAGCUGUCGCGCGAGCUCGGCACCCUGAGAAACCUGCUUUCCGCCACCGGGACCUGCUAGAACCGGGACCGGGACUCGUCGAGACUCUAGAGACACGGUACACGGGUUUUACACGGACACUAUGGAUGGGACGCAUGGAUUAUUGCGCACGGAUUAUUAUUGCGCAAUCCUUCUCUGACUGUUCACAUGUUCUCCUCAGAUGUCGUGGUGUGUGUGUGUGUGUGUGUGUGUGUGUGUGUGUGUGUGUGUGUGUGUGUGUGUGUGUGUGUGUGUGUGUGUGUGCGCGUGCGUGCACCCUGUUUUAGUUUUCUUAACAUGUGUGCGUGUUGAGGCAUCUGGAGGGGCAGAAACUGGACUCUAGCCGCGUCACGGUUACAUUUGAAGUGCAUGAAAAUCAGGUUAUUGCGCAAUCCUCUCCUCAGAUUGUUCACAUGUCUCCUCAGAUGUCUUGUGUGUUUGUUCGUGGCCAUACAUGCAGGAUUUUACAAAUACCGAGGUCCAAAAUCGACCUGUUAUAGGGGGGGUUUUGGGGCAUGCACCCUCUCAUGUUUUUUUUCUUAACAUGUGUGCUUUUUAAGACAUUUGGACGGGGCGAAAAGGGAAUGAAAUGUCAGUGUGCAGCAUCGUAACUCAACUUGAAGUGAUGCAUCAAAAUCAGGUUAAAUAUUCCAUUGAAUGAUCCACGGUACUAUCUGGAUGUGCAGAAAAUGAUCCCAAAAUGUGUGAAAAUCAAUGUUUAAUUGUAAGUAACGGUACAAAUUCACACUACAGACACAUUCCUUCAACCUGUGCUCAAACAUGUGACGGCUCUUUGGCAGUAAAACAACCAGCUGUUCUUCCCAGGCUGCACCUUAUUGAAACCCUGACAUCCCAUGUGACUUUAUCGCCUGUAAACACCCAGAGAAA